UCCAUUUACGAAUUGUGGGGUUGAUUACGCCGGACCUAUUAGUGUUCGCAUGGGGGGCGGUCGUGGUAUUCGCUCACGACCAGCAUGGAUACCGGUGUUUAUUUGUCUCGCAACUAAGGCUGUGCAUUUAGAGGUGGUUUCCGAAUAUUCGACGGCUGCAUUCUUGGCCGCGUUUGAUCGUUUCUGUUCGCGUCGAAACAAGCCUUCCAAAAUGCAUAGUGAUCGGGGAACUAAUUUUCAGGGCGCGGACAAGGAGUUGCGUCAGGCAUUCCGUGAGUUGAGGUCAGAUCCUAGUGUUCAAGCGCGACUAGCCAAUGACGGAAUCGCGUGGCAGUUUAUUCCGCCUGCAGCGCCACAUUUCGGUGGUUUGUGGGAGGCAGGUGUCAAGAGUAUGAAACAUCAUCUUAUUCGAAUACUUGGUGCUCAUACGCCCACCUUUGAAGAGCUUUCAACAUUAGUAUGCCGCAUUGAAGCUUGUAUGAAUUCUAGACCAAUAGGUCCGAUUAACGAUGAUGUGGAAAGUCUUGACACUCUUACUCCGGGACAUUUUCUUGUCUAUCGCAAUUUUACUUCUGUUCCGAGACCGAGUUUAGAUAAUAUACCUGAAAAUCGUUUGUCGCGCUGGCAACUAAUGCGUCAACUCCUUGAACAAUUCUGGCGAGAAUGGUCAAAUGAUUAUAUUAGAUCUUGUCAACAUAGGACUAAAUGGCAAAACAGAACAACCUCGUUAAAGGUUGGUCAAAUUGUAUUACUACGAAACGAUAAUCUUCCACCAACUAAGUGGAAUCUGGGUCGAAUCACACGCUGUCAUCCUGGAUCUGACGGUUUAACGCGUGUAGUUUCAGUCAAAACGGCGACGUCGGAAUAUACUCGCCCUAUCUCGAAAUUAGCUCUUUUUCCAAUAAAUAUCGAUGAAUAGUUACCGUCAGAUUUCUGUUUGAAGGCCUGUCUUUAAGGGGGGAACACCAGUUGUAACUUUCGAAAAAUCAAUUUUUUUUUUUGUGCAUUUUCUUAAAGUACACAUAUUUAGAAAUGUGUCUGUAAAUUUCAAAGUUGAUCCGGUGAAAAAUAAAUGAGAUAUACAGAACACUGCAUCGGCGCGUCCCGUGGCUUCAUACAAGGUGGCCAGCCAUAACUGACCCUAACGACAGAUGGCCUUUUCCUAUGAUUUAGAAACGGCAACCACUGCGGAAGAGUUAUUAUAUGGUCCAAGAAUCGAUGACUCUUUGUAACUUGGAAACAAAAUUUCUUCUGAACAAAAAAAAACGAAGUAUACUUGCAGAAUGCUGGUCACCGCAAUUCGCCUUUUUUCUUAAGACGCCACUUCAAUGGCUCAUAUCUCCAAAAGUUUUUGUUAAAAAAAUUUUUUUUUUCUUUUAAAUUACAGCUUUUUACAUGUACUUUUAACUAAUAAAUAGUAUUCUUUAAAAA